UAUAAUGUAUAGAUCUGCGGUAAGGAAGUUUCACUUUGACAUUAGCGUGAUUUGAUAGUAUUCAGUGUAGUAUACGACCCAAUAAAGUGAGCGAUGGAGAUUACGACAGAAAACCAUGUUACAAUUCGUCAGGCAAAGCAGCAGGAGAUUCAAGUUCUAGAACCAUGGAUUAAAGAUGAUGGUUGGGAUUUUUCAACGUAUGACGCGAUUUCACAGCUGAAGAUUGAUCCAAAUAGCCUUAUGGUUGCAGCUGACAAAGAAGAUAAACCAAUAGGAUUUGGAAGUGCUGUAGCCUGUGGGAAUGACCUGGUAUACGUGGACAACUACAUAGUGCGAGCGGAUUUACGCGGGAAAGGAUUUGGUCGUAUACUUUUUAAAGAUGGAAUAAUGCAACGCCUGGGCAACAGAAAUGGCGUGUUGGACAGCGUCCCCGAGAUGGCUGAUACCUACAGGAAAUAUGGCUUCAUUUGUCCAGGUGUAAAUACCGUGAGGUUUACAAUAACCAUUGAUAAUGACAUUAAGUUUAAGCCCUUCUCAGACAACACCAAUAUUCAAGUAAAGCCCCUUGAAAACGAACACUGGCCAGGGAUACUUCAAUACGAUAAAACCGUCUAUCCUACGAUAGACAGAGAAAAAAUACUGCGAGCCUUCUUUGUUGGACCUAAUGUUACGACAUUAGUAGCACUAAAACAAGACAAAGUUGUCGGGUUUGGCAGUUUACAUAAAAAGGAUGAAGGUUUAUUUGGUUUGCGUAGUGUUUUAGCCGAGAACGAAGAGAUAGCUGAGAAGAUUAUACAGAUACUGUUCCAACAUGCUGACCAUGGCUCUGCGUGCCAAUUUGUAUUUCCAAUAGGCAAAGGACUACCAACUUGUAUGAAAAGUGCAAGGCUAGGAGAAGAUCUCAUUCGCUUAUUUACCAAAUGCGCCAUUGUUGUUAACACGGAUAAAAUAUGGGCCACUACUGCAAAUAUUGUGUAAACAGUUCCAAGGAGUUUUCAAGAGAUAUUUUUGAGACUAGUUAAUGCAUAUAUCAAAACGUUCCAUUUAUAUUAUUUGUCAUGAUUAUCUGAGAAAUAUGCAAAUGAAUACAUUGUAUUGAAGAUAAUGGUCAUAAUUGCUAUGUACAAUAAACAGGCGGUUUUUCUGCCACAUAUGCUUUA